ACCCCGGGGGACCGCCAUGGCCCUGCUGCCAGCCGGAGGGGCCCGGCAGCACCGCACAGCCCGGGGGGAGCGCGGCGAGGAGGAGGCGGAGGAGACCCCCCGGCAGCGCUCAGCACUCGCUGCAGAUGAGUGCCCCCACCCAGGUGCUCGCAGGACGUCGGCAGUCACUCGGCACUGAGGGCAGCACGGAGACAUGAGCGGCAGCACGAGCCAGCGCGCCGCCGUCUUCGUGCUUCUCUUCGCCCUGCUCAUGCUGCUGAUCAUCUACAGCUCCAGCAGUGGGACCGAGGUGUUCCCCUACAGUGCGCUGCGGGGCAGAGCCCGGCGGCCCCCCAACCUGCGGCACUGGGGGGUGAGCAGCGGGUAUCUGCCCGUGUCUGGGAACAAGAGCCUGACUGCCCACUGCCACCAAUGCGCCAUCGUCACCAGCUCCAGCCACCUCCUGGGCACCCACCUGGGCACCGAGAUUGACCAAACCGAGUGCACCAUCCGCAUGAACGAUGCUCCCACCACCGGCUAUGAGGCCGAUGUGGGCAACAAGACCACCUUCCGUGUGGUGGCCCACUCCAGCGUCUACCGCGUCCUCAGGCGGCCCCAAGAGUUCGUCAAUAAAACCCCGGAGACCAUCCUCAUCUUCUGGGGGCCGCCGGCCAAGAUGCAGAAGGGGCUGUUGAAGAUCAUCCAACGCGUCGGCGCAUCCUUCCCCAACAUGACAGCCUACAUCGUCUCCCCGCACCGCAUGAAGCAGUUCGACGAGCUCUUUCGGGGGGAGACGGGGAAGGACAGAGAGAAGUCGCGCUCGUGGUUGAGCACGGGUUGGUUCACCAUGGGGAUUGCGGUGGAGCUGUGCGACACCGUCCACGUCUACGGCAUGGUGCCCCCCAACUACUGCAGCAUCCGCAGCCCCGCCGCAUGGCCUACCACUACUACGAGCCCAAGGGCCCCGACGAGUGCACGACGUACAUCCACAACGAGCGCAGCCGCCGCGGCAAUCACCACCGCUUCAUCACCGAGAAGCGCGUCUUUGCCAGCUGGGCCGCCCCCUACAACAUCACCUUCUCUCACCCCACCUGGCCUUAGGGCAGCUGCACUGAGCGGGGAGCCCUGGGGAUGGGGUCCCUUCGAUUCGGGGUCCUUUUGAUUCAGGGUCAGCUUGGGACGGGAUCUCCUUGGCUUGGGGUCCCAUUGGGAUGAGGUCCCAUUGGUUUGGGGUCCCAUUGGGAUGGGGUCUCCUGGGGGUAGGAUCUCUGUGGGAUGAAGUCCCCUUGGCUUGGAGUCCCCUUAGUUUUCAGUUCAGGGAUUCCUUGGCUUGGGGUCUUCCGUGCAAUGGUCCAGUCCCCUUGGUUUGGGAUCCCUUUGCUUCAAAGUCCCCUUGGUUUGGGGUCCAGGCUGCACCGUGCACCGCAGGGCUGAUACAGCCAUCAGGGCCACAUGCAACCACUGUGCCCAUGGCGUCUGCACAGCCGUGAUAUCAUGGGUUUUGGGGUGUCCUGCGGGACAUGGGAACUCUGCAUGGUCCCAGCUCAGAACCUCCCAGGCUGCAUUGCAGCCCAUCACCCUGAGAGCACACAGGGGUGCAGGGGUGCAUGGUCCCCUUUGGCUGGCAUGGGGGUCACAUUGCUUUUGGGGCAAAAUUCCAGCCCCCCACCCCCCACUUUCCCUCAGCACAAAUCCUAACAGUGUCACCAUCCCCAGAACAGAGACC